AUGACCCACCUGAUCACUAUAAAAAGCGCCGAAUGGUGGUAUAUCUCUACCCUCAUUACCUGUGACAAAGAGUCCCGUCUGUGGCUCAUCGAGCUCCAGAUUAAAGAUGAUGACCGAGACUGGCUACUGGAAGUUACACAAGACCUAUUUUGCGCAGUCUACGAAGGCCCGUGGAUAAUUGGUCCUUGUGCCCAAUCGGCACAGUCGACAAAGUUGCUGAACGAUGACUCAUUCUCGCCAUCGAAGCAAGAUGCUGAGCAUGACACAGGGAACGAGAGAUUUGAAGGCGGUGAACCGAUCGAGGGAGGGGAGAAGAGGCCUAAGAACAUGCUUGAGGAUUCGAUGGCACGCGUGUUCUGCCGGAUGCGCUGGGACUGGAAGGAAAAAACGACACCACUGUUGAACGACAUUCAGUUCAACAAGUGUUGGAUACUUGAGAUCACAGAUCGAGAAAAGUCGUGUAUCCAAAGGGGUUGUUCGCUGUCAUGCAAUGUGUCAAGGGCAGGGCCAGUUGCCGUGGUUAGCGCGCUUUUGGUAGUCCAGAGGGUGGCCAACUGGAGACGCAUGAAGUUCUUGCCGAACUUUUCCUAUGACCGUAGCUUUACAUCCUCUCCCACAAAGGAGUCGUCUGGGCUGUCUCGCGGGGUGUGCCGGGUCCUCUCUGCGACGAACUGGAGCAAGAUCUGA